AUGGCCGGAAAUGAUGGAGAUCCAUCUAAGUCACUUGCUGUCAUCAAACCGACGGCAAGAGGAGCCUCAAUCCCGAUCCAAUUUCCAACGUUAAGUGAAACGAACUACAGCAUAUGGGCUGUCAAGAUGAAGAUAAUCUUGCGUUCACUAGGAGUAUGGUCAGUGAUUGAAGGUGAAGAAAAAGACGAUGAUAAAGAUCAAGGCGCCAUGGUAGCCAUUUCUCAAGCCGUGCCGGAUGACGUGAUGAUGGUAAUCGCGGAGAAAAAGACGGCAAAGGAGGCUUGGGACGCACUCAGGGAGAUGCGAGUCGGCGAAGAUCGCGUUAAGAAGGCACGCGUACAGGUUCUGAAACGACAACUGAACAAGUUACACAUGGAGGAUUCAGAGACAAUAAACGAAUUUUCCAUGAAGCUUACCACGCUGGUGGGUGAGAUCCGCUCACUGGGCACGAAGUUCGACGACAGUGAAGUUGUUGAAAAAUUGUUCAGUGCAGUUCCAGAUAGAUUUCUCCAAAUUAUUGGAACAAUCGAACAAUUUGGCGAUAUUGAGAAGAUGUCGGUAUCCGAGGCGAUAGGUCGUCUCAAGACCUUCGAGGAAGGGCUUAAAGGGCGAUUGCACUCAAAGGGUAGUGGAGAACAGUUACUCCUUACCCAGGCCGAGUGGGAGGCAAGAAUCUCAAAGGCAAAGAAAGAUGAAGGUUCCAACAACAACAAAAAAGGAGGACGUCACGGGAGAGGACGUGGUCGUGGGCGUGGAUAUGGUGGAGGUCGAGGUGAAGACCGAAAGCCACGCUAUGUUGGUCCAAAUAGGUGCAGUGGCACGUGUGUGCAUCAUUACAUAGCAGACUGCCAAGCUUCUUCUGUUUCUCUGAAGGCUAAUAAGGACUUGCUAGGUUCUUCUACAGCUACUAAUUCAAAUAGCUAUAACUGUCCUGAGCAGACCCUAGCCUUUGGAUUAUUCAAUUCAAUUGGAUUUUGA